AUGUUGAUAUUUCCGUCAGAGUUUUCCUCCUUAGUUCGAGAUGGGGCAAGGGUUAAACUGCAGCUCUGGGAUACUGCAGGACAGGAGAGAUUCAGGUCGAUAACUAAAUCUUAUUAUCGGAACUCAGUUGGAGCUGUUCUAGCAUACGAUAUUUGCAACAAAGAGAGUUACAAGGCCACCUUCCUUCUAGUUGGUUGUAAACGAGAUAUGGCCCAGGAAGGAUACAGGGAGGUAUCAGUAGAGGAGGCUCAGGCUCUGGCUGAGUAUCAUCAAAUCUCUUUCCUUGAGACCUCCGCCAAAACAGGGCUCAAUGUAGAAGAGGCCUUUACUGUUAUUUCUCAGCAGAUAUAUGAUAGAAUAAAGUCUGGCGAGUACAAAAUCGAAGAUGGUUGGGACGGGAUAAAGACUGGAUACUUCCAGCGCACCGGAAGACAGGGUUUAGUGGAAGCACAGCCACAGAGAUCCGACUGCUGCUAA